AUGACUAAGAUUGGCUUGAAACCUGAGGAUAUCCAAGCAAAUGUACAAGGAACAAUUAACGAAGUAAUGAAAACAUUUAGAGAAUUCAAGGAUAAUGAUAUUGCAGAAGCACUGCGUGUGCAGGAGAAGAUUAAAAAAAGCACACAAGAACUUGAAAAAGAAGGGAGAAGAAAUAAUAUCAUUAUAUACAGGAGAUUUAUGCCGAGACGUGGUCAAGAAAGCGGCAGUAAAGAACAGUUCAGAAAAUUUUGGGUAAUAGAAGUACGUGGCAAGAGGAAGACCAAGGGAGAUGAAAUCCAUAAGACUAAAAAAACGGCUUUAAAAGAUAAAGCUGGACAAAAAGUUAACCAAACCUACACAAAAUAUAAAAUAAAUCAAAAGCUAGAAAAAAAAUUUAAAAUAUUGUACACCAAUGCGGAUAGCUUAAUGAAUAAAAGGACAAAAUUAGAAAUGUUGAUCGACUGUCAAACCAGCAGUCCAAACGUCCAAACUUGA